GACUGCCGAAGCUUGGGCUCGAAACGCUCCGGUUUCGCCCGAGGCAGGUAGCAGGCGUCGCCAGGAGUAGAGCCGUGGCCACCGGGCGCCACGCCGGUCCAAGCGUCCGCGCGCCGGGACAAGACAAGGGGCAGCCACACAAAGGGCAGCCACCCACGAUAGCUAGCGUCGACAAGCGCCGCUGAGCGACAACUGUGGGCCAGAGAAGCUCUCAGAGCCAAACGCCAUCGACGCGAUGCUCAAGUUCGACUCCGAUACAAUACAGGGCCUCGGCCCGGGGACGCGCGCUAAUGUAUUAGCGCAGCGGUCUCGCAGCCAGCGCUUCUGGCAGGAGAACAAGGAGCGCAGGCAGAUUAGGUUGGAGCAGCGCGCCGCCGCCGAGACGUAUCGGCGCGAGGAGGAGGCGAAGCGCGACUGUCGCGACGAUCCGGUCCAGCGGCGCGUCGCCGCGCGCCAGCAGGCCGUGGCCAAGGCUAAAAGGCGGCUUAAAAAAGCACCGCGGCCGGUUUUCACCAGUACUCAGAAACCGCUCAAGCCUCGAUUGACGUCGGAGGAGCGCGUCACGUUGCAACAGUGGCGCCACCGCGAGCAUGCUAUUAACCGAGAACAGCAAGAUCUGGACCACCGGCGGCAGGUCCGCGCGUCAGAAGAGCUCGUAAGGAAGAGCUGGGAGCAGGAGACGGCCCCCAAGAAGGUGGCGAACCCGUCUCUAUUUUCUUUGGACGACGCGCUGGCCGUCGUCGCGCCGGCGUUUGUCCAAGAGGAGGCCUCUCCCACGAGAUUGGAGGAGCACACCGAGCAUGCUGUCGCUAUAUCGUCCAUUCUCAAACCGAAGGACCCGGUGCCGCUGCGGAAGGUUGUCGCUACGAAAUUGGCGGAGUCGCCCGAGCGCGCGUCGGGCGCAUCACGGGCGCGUGCGCCCGAGGCGGCGCUGAGUGCAAGUGGGUCGGCAAUACGGCCGGCCGGCGGCGGCGUCGCCGCGGCGCGCACCCUCACAAACCCUUACAAGCCAAAGCCGCGUGUUGCUCCCGAGGUGCGGUACGAGCCCGCCGCGGCCUACGCGGGCUCGCGGCCGGGCAUGGUCUUUAAGAGGGGCGACCGCGGCGUCGGCUACUACGAGGAUCCGCUGGCGCCCCGGGCGCCCGCGGCCGCCGAUGCGACCGAGCCUACGGCGGAGCCUACUUCGGAGGCUGACGCUGCCGACGACUCGGACGCCGUCCUCGAGCGGCUCAAGGCCAAGUUGCGACAGGACAUGGAUGCCGCGGCGCCGCCGGCCGACGACGCUCCGGCGAAGGACGAGUUUCUGCGCGCGCUCGCGGACGCCGACGCGGCCGCCGACGCUGCCGCCCCAUCAGACGCGGCCGAGCCGUCGCCCAUCGCCAAGCCAUCGCCAGUCGCCGAGCACGCGCCCGGGUCAUCGCCGAUCGACGCCCUCGCCGCGGCCUUCGCGUCCGCCGCGUCGCCCGUGCUCGUGAGCGACGCGGCCGCGCUGCGCGUGACCACCGACGACCUCCCCGCUUCCGAGGUUCGACUCCGCGCCGCUGAGGACGCCGCCGAGGACGCGCUGUCGAAGUUCGACGCCGCGCCGCUCACGGGGAACUACCGGGGCAAGGCCGAGGCGUUUCGGAGUGCUCUCGCCGCCGCCGAAGCGGAACUCGACGAGGCCCUGGCGACGGCCCGGAGCUCGACUUCCGGAGCGCUGGCGGACGGCUCCGACGCGGACGACGCACUGGCAGAAGACUAACUUUGGGAAUGAAC